AUGCUCAGCCAGCCUCUCACACCCACGGCAGGAUUUAAUGAGACCAGCUUUCUCUCUUUUACAGAGCGGUAUGAAGUAGUGGGACCUGCAGAUCCUGUACUUGCCGUAGCUGGUGAAGACGUGAUUCUUCCCUGUUCGGUCAAAUCCAACAUCAGUGUUGUGGACUUGAGAGUGGAGUGGUUUAGACUUGAUCUGAAAGACUCACAGCUAGUGCAUCUCUAUGAGGAUCACGAGGACAGAAACACAGAUCAGAUCGAGUCCUACAGAGGAAGAACACGACUUAAUCAUCAAGAACUACACAGAGGAGCUGCAUCACUCAAACUCUCAUCGGUCCGAGUCUCUGAUGAAGGACUUUAUAAGUGUUUUAUUCAGUCCAGAUCCUGGUAUGAUGACGCCACUGUUAAGGUCACAGUUGAAGCUGUAGGACGUCCUCCGGUGAUCACAGUACAUGGGUUCGAUUACUCAGGAGGAUUUCGUCUAGAGUGUGAAUCUAAAGACUGGUAUCCUGAACCUGAUCUCGAGUGGCUGGAUGCUAAAGGAGUCAGACUGAGUCCAGAAACUACACAGAGACACAGAAGCACUGACAGAUUCGGUGUGAAGUUCACGCUCAUUGUACAUCCCAGAGACAGCCAGAUUCACUGCAGAGUCAAAACAAGACGUCACUCGCUGGAGACACUCAUUAUCAUCCCAAGUAAAAUGUUUCAUUCUUGGAGGACAUCGGUCAGCCUGCUUUCAUUUGUAGUUGUGCUCGGUGUGACUGAUGUAAUACUGAUAGCUGUGUGUGUCCAUAAAAACAGAGCACACAAUCGAAUGGAGAAGGAGAAAAGAAGACUACAACAGGCACACAAUAUACUACAUCAUGAAAAAAGUCAUCUACACUACGAGAAGACAAGACUACAAUACGAAAGUGAUCAACUUUUACGAAGUCUGCAAGCAGUUACACCAACAGCUCUCACACAGUUAAAGACACACUCGAUGGACGUGAUUCUGGAUGCUGAUACGGCUCACCCACGUCUCAUCGUGUCCGAUGAUGGGAAACAAGCGAGGGAAGGAAAGAAGCGACCGGAAGCAGCGGUUGGAGAAAAAGAGCGAUUUAAAGAUUUCCGUGCUGUUCUUGGGAAGGAAGGCUUCUCCUCGGGGAGCUUUUACUUCCAGGUGCAGGUGAAGGAUCAAACUAAGUGGUAUGUAGGAGUCUCUGGAGAAUCUGUUAUCAGCAAGGGCUCGACCCGGCUCUGUUCUCUGAACGGAUUCUGGACCGUGAGUCUGUAUGAUGGCACGUAUCGGGCUCGUGAAUCUUCAUAUGUGCUUCUUUCUCUGAGAGGACAUCCUCCGAGGAUCGGUGUGUUUGUGGAUUAUGAAGAGGGUCUCAUCUCUUUUUAUGAUGUGGAGUCCUCGUCUCAUAUCUACUCUUUCACUGAUCAGUGUUUUAAUGAGAAACUCUAUCCGUUUGUUUGUUUGGGGCGUUACAGGAAUGAAAACUCUACACCGUUGAUCAUCUGUGAUGAUUACUAAUCAGAUCAGUGAUGAAAGGUCAAUAAAAUGCACAAAAUGUUUUUUUGUUUGCCAUAUUCUUUAGGAACUUAUUUCAAGUCUUACAAAUGACUAAAAUUUAGUGAUUUUAGAUUUAAGUAGCACCAAUAGCGUAAUGAAUUUGUGGUAAAAUAUUAAUAUUUAGUAUUGUUCAUCAUUUUGUACGGAAAUAGUGGCUGAUUUUGUCGCUGUAAACUGUGUUUAUAAUUAUUUUUCUUUCUUUCUGUCUGUCAGUUGAAAAACAGUAUUUUUUGUAAGAAGAACAUGAAUAUCAGAAAGUGAUGUGACAAUCUAUAUCAAAUUAUUUUUGUGUUCAACAUUGUGCUACAAACGUAAGUAGUUGAAUAUCUGCUGAACCCAGAGAUACGAUUAACAAUUAACUUGAACUAGUUUUUUAUCUGAAUCAUUGUAAAUCAAGUACAGAAGACUAUAAACAGGACACUAUAAAAAGAGCAUGAGGGUCUGUGGGGAUGACGGAGCAAGAGCUGGACAUCGGUGAAGAAUGAAGGUUUGGUUGUGUAUCCUGCUGUGUGUUUGUGCUUCGGGUAGAUGGAGGACUCACUGAGAACGAGAUCAGCUCCGAGGACAGAAGACCGAAUCCACCUCAAACAGACCCUCGGAGAGUUGAAGCUUCAGCAAACGGCCAACAAUACUGUCCUGUGAGCUUCCCUGACAUCCACGCAGCGCUGAGAGAGCUGACCGCCACCGUUACAGAGCAGAAAGACAGCAUCAGAGCCUUAGAGACGCGACUGAGGGAAGAGAUGAAGAAGAAAACAGAUGGUAUCUCAUUAAAACAUUCACUCUUUUUUUAAUCCUGCAUUUUAAAUGACCUAUUGUUGUUUUUGGGUUACAGCAGAUAACAGCAAGUAAAAAGUACUUGUACCUUCAAUUAUUAUUAUCAAAUUAAACAAUUCCAAAUACCA